AGACCCCUCCCCCAUACAGACUCCCGGGGUGCUCCCCUCCCCCCUCCAGCCUCCAGCCCCCAGCUGGCCGACUCCCUCCCCUGGCCUGAGCGCCCCCUCCCCUCGAGCUGCACCCUGCGUGGGGCUGGAUGGUGCUGUAGCCCCCUACGAUGCGGAGAAGCCUGGCCCCCAGCCAGCUGGCCAAGAGGAAGCCGGGGGGCGAUGGCUCAGAGGAUGAUGAGGACUGGCACCCCGAGGCGACUCCGAAGAAGCGGAAACCUGGCAGUGAGAGCCAGAGCUGGGAAUGUUACGUGUCACCUUUCCGGAAACCCUUGGCCCAGUUGACCAAUCGACCUCACUGCCUUGAUAGCAGCAAACAUGAGGCAUUUAUCCGCAGCAUUUUGUCAAAACCCUUCAAAGUACCCAUUCCAAAUUAUCAAGGGUCGCUGGGCUUGAGGGCCCUGGGCAUCAAACGGACAGGGGUAAGGAGCGCUCUCCAUGACCCUUUUGAAGAAGGGGCUCUGGUUCUUUAUGAGCCCCCGCCGCUGAGCGCACACGACCAGCUGAAAAUAGACAAGGACAAAGUGCCAAUCCAUGUUGUGGUGGACCCCGUUCUCAGUCGGGUUUUACGGCCUCAUCAGAGAGAAGGGGUGAAGUUUCUUUGGGAAUGUGUCACGAGCCGGAGGAUCCCUGGGAGCCACGGCUGCAUAAUGGCUGACGAGAUGGGUCUGGGCAAGACCCUCCAGUGCAUCACUCUGAUGUGGACGCUGCUGCGUCAGAGCCCCGACGGCAAGCCUGAAAUCGACAAGGCAAUGGUGGUCUCUCCUUCCAGCCUGGUUAAAAACUGGUACAAUGAAGUCGGCAAAUGGCUCGGAGGAAGGAUUCAGCCGCUGGCCAUCGAUGGAGGCUCCAAAGACGAGAUAGACCGUAAACUAGCCGGCUUUAUGAACCAGCGUGGCCUGCGAGUGCCUUCCCCCAUCCUGAUCAUCUCCUACGAGACGUUCCGCCUUCACGCCGAAGUUCUCCAGAAGGGGAGCGUCGGUCUGGUCAUAUGUGACGAGGGCCAUAGACUGAAGAACUCUGAAAAUCAAACAUACCAGGCUCUGGACGGCUUAAACACCCCACGGCGAGUUCUCAUCUCAGGGACCCCCAUUCAGAAUGACCUGCUCGAAUACUUCAGCUUGGUGCACUUCAUUAACUCGGGCAUCCUAGGGACAGCGCAGGAGUUUAAAAAGCAUUUUGAAAUCCCAAUCCUAAAAGGCAGGGAUGCAGAUGCAAGUGAAGUGGAGAGGCAUAAAGGGGAGGAGCGACUCAAAGAGCUGAUCAGCAUUGUGAACAGAUGUUUGAUCAGGAGAACUUCAGAUAUCCUAUCCAAAUACCUACCUGUGAAAAUCGAGCAGGUGGUUUGCUGCAGGCUGACACCUUUGCAGACUGAGCUGUACAAACACUUCCUGAAGCAAGCGAAGCCGGCCGAAGAGCUGAAGGAGGGGAAGAUCAGCGUGUCGUCUCUCUCCUCCAUCACGUCCCUGAAGAAGCUCUGUAACCACCCUGCCCUGAUCUACGAGAAGUGCGUGGAGGAGGAGGAAGGGUUUGCAGGAGCACUGGAAUUGUUCCCUGCUGGCUACAGUCCCAAGUCCCUGGAGCCCCAGCUGUCAGGAAAGAUGCUGGUGUUGGACUACAUCCUGGCUGUGACUAGAAGCACUAGCAACGACAAGGUAGUCCUGGUCUCCAAUUACACCCAAACACUGGACCUCUUUGAGAAGCUCUGCAGGACUAGGAGGUAUUUAUAUGUCCGACUGGAUGGCACCAUGUCCAUUAAAAAGAGAGCAAAGAUCGUAGAGCGGUUUAACAGCCUCUCGAGCCCUGAGUUUGUCUUCAUGUUGAGCAGCAAAGCAGGUGGCUGUGGCUUGAACUUGAUUGGGGCAAACAGACUCAUCAUGUUCGACCCGGAUUGGAAUCCGGCCAAUGACGAACAAGCCAUGGCUCGCGUGUGGCGAGACGGCCAGAAGAAGACCUGCUACAUCUACAGGUUGCUCUCAACAGGGACGAUCGAGGAGAAGAUUUUCCAGCGUCAGACCCACAAGAAGGCACUCAGCAGCUGCGUGGUGGAUGAGGAGCAGGAUGUGGAGAGGCACUUCUCGCUAGGGGAGCUGAAGGAGCUGUUCACAUUGAAUGAGACCACAGCCAGUGAUACCCAUGACAAGAUUAAGUGUCGCCGCUGUGUGAAUGGCCACCAGGUAAAGCCGCCUCCUGAAGGUUCUGACUGCACCUCUGACCUCUCCCAGUGGAACCACUGUGCUGACAAGCGUGGGCUUCAGGACUCUGUGCUGAAGGCCACGUGGGAUGCUGCUGUCACCUUCACGUUCCAUCACCAUUCCCAUGAGGAGCAGCGAGGGAUUCUCUGA